AUUUGGUUAAGGCUGUUCCUGAUGAGCAUAAGAAAUUUUUGGCUGAUUUGGUUUGGGUCCAUGAAGAGGACGAUGUCUUCAUUAAGACUGAAGAUGGAAGUAAAUGCUGCAAGUUGAUUGCCGUUCAUGCUGGUUUGCAGAAAAGAGUAGCUGUGAAAGAACAGUUAAAACUUUUGAAAGCUCGAAAUACUCGGGAAGGUUGGGUGGAGGCUCUAAGUGGGAGAAAGAGUGUGUUGGAUAUUCCAGAGGAACUAAGUGCAAGUCCAACCAUCGUUGUGAGUGGUCACCAUGACAAACUUCAUAUAGAAGGCUUAAGGCUGAUCAUUGACGAAGGUGGCGGAUGUGAAGAUAAACCAGUGGCUGCAAUUAUUCUUCCUUCACUGAAGAUUAUUCGUGAUACAGAUGUAUUAGCAGAAUAGUUUGAUACUCAUGAUAUUUUUGCUUAUAUAUGGCGUAGUCAAGUUCUUAAGCUUUAGAUCUCGUGAGCAUUAUAAGAGAUGAGAUAUUUGGUGUUGAUAUGAAAUUUAGGUGGUUAAUAAAGCAUGGAACUAUUCCUUUCCCCAGUGCUAUAGAUCUUAAUCCUUCACCUUUUAUGUGA